GACAUCGCCAAAGGUCUGACACGCAACAAAGCAAAUUUCUUGAAAACACGAUUUUGAAAACAUUCACCCUUCUUACUUUGUGUCAGAGCUGGAGCGAGUGUCGGUCAAUCUACGCCUGCGUGGAGUAUCAUUAUUGUUUGUGGCUAACGAGGACGAGGCAAGACGGACACCGGCAGAGAACAGAUCGCUUCAUUGAGCGGUGCAGUGCGUAGCACACCGUCGUUUAGCGUGUCAAGUACGAACUAAGGAUUAUCAUGGCAGAUUCAUCGCCAUCAAGCGAUCUUCGAUCAGAUGUGGCCAGGCUUCAAGAGCUACUGCAGAAACGCUCCAAUGGAUCGGAAGGCAAGAACUUCAAGGCACUGAACACAAUCUUGCAAAGAGCUGUGGACGGAAAACUUGUCGAGACCUACUGCAAGGUGAAUGACCACGUGGCCGCUAACCAGAGAAUGUAUCCGGACCAAACCGUAGAAAUGGUAACCACGGCAGCUUACGCCACGGCAACAGGUUAUGCAGAGCCGCGCAUAGUGGAUAUCAAGCGUGGCGACAGCGGCUAUGGUUUUAACAUCAUGGGUGGAAAUGCGGUGGGAAUGCCGAUCUAUGUGUCAAGAAUACUCCCUGGUGGAGUAGCUGCUAGACAGGGUCAGCUGAAGAAGGGAGAUCAGAUUCUCUCGAUCAACGGACAGGCGAUUCGCGGAAUGUCUCAUGAAGAUAUGGUUCGCACAAUGAGGCAUUCACAAUCGUCUGUGAGAAUUGUCGUUAGCUACGCACCACACUUGUUGGACGGAAUGGAGAAGACGUUUGAGACACAACGACGCAUAUCUGCCAAGCGCCACCAGGAAAAGAGAAUGUCCUCGGCAUCCGGUGGACAAUAGAAUGUCCUCGGUAUCCGGGGGACAAUAGCUUCUGGCAAGUGUUCAGUUCCCUGCAGCUCCGACGUUACGGUCUGAAGUGCAACGGAGCAUGUAUGACAGACUGGCUGGUGGUUUUGUAUGUGCAAGUGUGUGUGUGCGUGUGUGUGUGUGCGCGUGCAUGUGUGUGUGUGUGUGUGCGAGUGUGUGUGUGUGUGUGUGUGUGUGUGCAUGUGUGUGUGUGUGCGCGCGCGCGUGUGUGUGUGUGUGUGUGUGUGUGUGUGUGUGUGUGUGUGAGUGCACUUUAGUGUGUGCGUACGUGUGUAUGUGCGUGUGCGACCGCACGAGUGCGUGUGUGUGCGGCGUAUGUGUGUGUGUGUGUGUGCACAUCGCAUUAGUUUUUGCUUUUACUAGUUUCCACGUAUUGGUUCAUGACAUGCUGUUCCUGUAGGUCGGCAUGGUAAUGCUUGCAGGGCUAUCUGCAUACACUCUUAAUACCUAGAUGUGAACUCAUGUAAAUGGUAUAAUUAUUAUUGACUCAAUCUACGGACAGUGUCCAAUCUACGGACAGUGCUCAUACUCUUCUGCAUCACUACAGUCAUGUGCAUGUACAGCUCCAUACUGAAUAGAGAUUCUUAUGUCACUUUAUGUUAUGUUAUGUGGCGUAUGACCACUGAAAAGUCAUAAUCAUAUUCUACCAUUGCUGCCUGAGCGGCGGCACAUCCCGUCAUGGAUCCACUCUUACGAAUGCUCAUCGUAUGUUUGUUCAUCACAGCAAAAUAAUAUCCCUUCAUUUCUA